CGUUACCUGGGGCAGAAGUGGAGUUCAGGCCAGCGGCGAUGGGCAAGUGAAGGGAAUGGUGUCUCCUCCCCCUCAGCCGGACUUUUGCAUGGCUUGGAAACAGGAAUCAGAAUUUACAAAGAGAGAUAGAGCUGCCAGAGUCAUUCAGAAGGCCUGGAAAAGUUUCCUUAAUGUCGCUGUAUUCCAACACUUUAAAAGUCUGAUUAAUAUAAGAAGACAAGGGGAUCCACGUCAGAUACUGAGAUACAUUAAUCCCAAAGAGGCAGAACUUCUAGAUGCUGCUGCUGGCAUUAAUGUACGAUUCAGAUUAGGUGGUGUUAAAUUUCCACCUGAAAUAUACUAUAAAAUUUUCACUCACAGACAUAUUGAAGAUCUGUGCGCUAAUAGCCCUAGAGAUUACACAAAACUUCCAGCAAAACAUACAUCUCAUAUUAAAAGUGAUAAUCUUCAGGAAGAGGAUUAUAGUGGCUGGUAUCGUCGUAUAGAGAACAAUGGCUGGAGGCCUGUUUCUGAUAAAUUUUGGAAGUCUACUGAAAAUGUAAUGGUGGGAGACAAAAAAGAAAGUGAAUUCCAUUUCUCUAAAUUGAAGAGAAGACAAGAUAUAGAAAAGAAAAGAAAAAUUAAAAAAAUAGAAUGGAUGCGGCAAAUGUACUACACAGGAACCCUGGAGGCUAAGUCAACAAAUCAUGAAACUCUAGGUUUAAUUCACACAGCAACAAAAGGGCUAAUAAAAGCUUUCGAAGAUGGUGGAAUAGAUUCUGUGAUGGAAUGGGAAGUGGAUGAAGUGCUGAACUGGACAAACACACUCAACUUUGAUGACUACAAUAAAGAAUGUGAAUACUGCAUGGAUGAAGAGGAAGGAAAAAUAAAACAAAGAUGGUGUGAAGAAGAUUCCUAAUUGCUUCCCUUCAUGGAGAAAAGGAUAAAAACAGAAUAAACCAGGAAGACUUGAAGUGGUUUUUUGGUAUCAUAUACUCUAUAUGGAGUGGGGAAAAUACAUCUAGCUUUGAUAUGGUGAGACCUAAAUAGACAUUUCUCCAAAGAAGAUAUACAGAUUGCCAACAAACACAUGAAAGGAUGCUCAACAUCACUAAUUAUCAGAGAAAUGCAAAUCAAAACCACAAUGAGGGAUCACCUCACACCGGUCAGAAUGGCCAUCAUCAAAAAAUCUACAAACAAUAAAUGCUGGAGAGGGUGUGGAGAAAAGGGAACCCUCUUGCACUGUUGGUGGGAAUGUAAAUUGAUACAGCCACUAUGGAGAACAGUAUGGAGAUUCCUUAAAAAACUAAAAAUAGAACUACCAUAUGACCCAGCAAUCCCACUACUGAGAAAACCGUAAUUCAAAAAAGAGACAUGUACCCCAAUGUUCAUUGCAGCACUAUUUACAAUAGCCAGGACCUGGAACCAACCUACGUGUCCAUCGACAGAUGAAUGGAUAAGGAAGAUGUGGCACAUAUAUACAAUGGAAUAUUAGCCAUAAAAAGAAACGAAAUUGAGUUAUUUGCAGUGAGGUGGAUGGACCUAGAGUCUGUCAUACAGAGUGAAGUAAGUCAGAAAGAGAAAAACAAAUACUGCAUGUUAACACAUAUAUAUGGAAUCUAAAAAAAUGGUUCUGAUGAACCUAGGGGCAGGACAGGAAUAAAGAUGCAGACAUAGAGAAUGGACUUGAGGACACGGGGAGGGGGAAGGGUAAGCUAGGACGAAGUGAGAGAGUAGCACUGACAUAUAUACACUACCAAACGUAAAAUAGAUAGCUAGUGGGAAGCAGCUGCAUAGCACAGGGAGAUCAGCUUGGUGCUUUGUGACCACCUGAG